AGCGCCUGCUGCCGAAGGCAGGAGCAGCCGCAGCCCUCCCCUUGCGAAAGGCACUUCCGGCUGGGCGGGGCUCGGCCUCACUCGCCUGCACAGCUGCUGGGCUUCGGCCAGUCUCUGACCCUGUGCUCCACGCCCCCAGCUGCCGCUGGGCAAGGGGCAGCCCCAUCCCCCACUCCCAAUGAGGCUACGGUGAGGUAAGGAGGCCACACAUGAUGGCAGCCCCCCUGGCACCCACCACAGGGGAGGCAAGGGGGCUUCCUGGACCGGAGAGGGGCCCAAGGAGCAAGUGCAGUGACAGCGGUGGGUGCAGGGUGGAAUAUGUGAAGCAUAGAGCCCUUGGAGCUGGGUACACUUCAACUACACUUGGUGCACUUCAUCAGCAAAACUCCAUUCAUGUCCUGACAACAAAGGCACUGACCAAUCCAUGCCUUCCAUCUUAAAGGAGAGCCCAGGAAGUAUUUUACUGAAGAAUCUCCGUCUGAAACGGACACGGAACAAGAGCACAGCCACUUAUCUUAACAGUGAUGGAGGCCACUGGUAACAGCCAGGAAGAGGUAUUGACCUCCGGAAAUGAAACAGCAGCAGACAAAGCCUCUCUGCUAAACGAUGCUGUCCGAAACUGUUCAAUAGAGAAAGUCCGGGAGCUGUUGGCGGAAGGAGCAGAUGUUAAUUUCAAGGUAGGAGGUGGUUGGACACCUCUGCACAGCGCUGUACAGGUUGAUCAGGAAGAGAUUGUUGAUCUUCUGCUGGAGAAGGGUGCUGAUCCAUGUGCUAGGAAGAAAAACGGUGCCACUCCCUUUCUUGUAGCAGGGAUAGUGGGAAAUGUGAGACUUUUACAGCUCUUCCUUUCUAAGGGAUCAGAAAUCAAUGAGUAUGAUGACAAUGGUUUCACAGCCUUUAUGGAGGCUGCUCACUAUGGGAAUGAGGAGGCCUUAAGAUUCUUGUACAAUAAUGGGGCAGAUGUGAAUUUGCGGAGGGUGGUUAACGAGGAGAAAAGAACACUGAAUAAAGGUGGGGCAACAGCCCUGAUGGAUGCUGCCACGAAGGGCCACCUCUCAGUCGUAAAAAUUCUUGUCAGUGAGAUGAAGGCUGACAUGAACAUCUGUGACAACCAGGGCAGGAAUGCUUUAAUCCAUGCCUUCCUUUCAAGUGAUAACAAAACAAGGGAGUCUAUUGCUCCAGUUGUUCAUUUCCUGCUGGAUUGUGGUGUUGAUGUGAACAGAAGAGAUGAGCAUGGGAAAACUACCCUCAUGCUGGCAGUUGAGAUACAAAGUCUGGAUUUGGUGAAAGCUUUAUUGGAGAAGAAUGAAGUUGACAUCAAUGAUGCUGACAGAGAGGGCAAAACAGCCCUGGUGAUAGCUGUAGAGAAAAACUAUUAUGAAAUAGCAAAGCUACUGUGUGAAAAAGGGGCAAGGACUGACCUUGGGGACCUUAUUGGGAUUGUCAAUAGGAAAUACAAUAAGAAAAUGGCAGUUCUUCUUCGCCAGUAUGGCGCCAAGGCUGGUCCAAGUCAACCUCAAGAUUGGGAACCCACCAGCAAACGCUGGGGAGAGCAGCUGAAGGUUCUCUACAACAUGUAUCGUCCUAUGAUUGGAAAACUUAAAAUCCUCCAACAUAAUGAUUUCAGGAUUCAGAGAACCUCCCAAGGGGGCAUCUACCUGGGACUCUUUGAUGGGAAGGAGGUGGCUGUGAAGAUAUUCUGCAUUGGCACAGAAAUUGCUAAACAAGAGAAAAUGUGCCUUGAACAAUGUCUGACCAGCAAGCAUUUAGUAAAGCUUUUUGGUGCUGAGGAAAAGAAACCCUGCCUGUACUUGUGCCUCUCGCUCUGUGAGAAGAACCUUGAAGAACACCUGAGUGCAUCAGAGAAUGAAGUGAAUUGCAAGAGUGUUCUUAAGACACUCUUUGAGGCAGUUCAAGAACUACACAUAUUUGGAUUUGGCCAUCAGGAUCUACACCCACGUAACAUUUUGAUAGAUGCUGCUGGUAAAGUUCUCUUAGCGGAUUUUGAUAAGAGCAAAAGAUUGAGUGAAGGACAGAAGGAUGUUAUAAUCAAAGACCUGAAGGCGCUCAGAAGGCUGGUCCUGUAUGUUGUUACACUGGGUAAGGUCCCCUUUGAGGAAAAUGAUAGAGACGUUCUGGAUGCAAGUUGUCCAGAGGAUGUGCAGGACUACGAGGAGACUGUAGACCUAAGGAAAAGUCUGGUCUCCCCUGAUGAAGGAAUCCCAGUUGAAAACCUGCUGAGAGACUUGAUCCAACAUCCCUUUUUCUGGAGCAAGCAGACCAGGUACAGGUUCCUGAGAGAUGUUGGGAAUGAAAGCGAUAUCAAAAGUCGCAACACCAAACAUCACAACAACAAGAGUGAGAUUCUGAAAGCUUUGAAUUGUGAUGAGCACCCUUUUCAGCAGUGGACUGAGCAGAUUGACAAAUUGGUUCUGGACUGCAUGCUCGACCCCUUCAACAACAAGAACAAGAACAAGAACCAGAACCAGAACAAGAAGAAACAAUAUGAAAACUAUGUCACAGACCUACUGAAGUUCAUCAGGAACAUGGGCGAGCACUUUGAUGAGAAGGAAGAAAAGGUCAAGGAAAUAAUCAAGGAGCCCUCGGAGUAUUUCAUGCACCUGUUUCCAGAAUUGACAGUUUAUGUCUACAAGUGUUUACGCGGCAUACAGCAUCAUAAGCAUUUCCCAAGCCCUCAGUGUCUUUCUCAGCUGUAGCAUGUUCUGUUGCUUCAGGUUAUAUGGCUGAAUCCCAUUGACUGACUUCCUUUUCAGGACCAUUUCGUUCAGCUGCCAAAAAGUGUCAUACAAAGUGGGGAAGGGGCUGGGAGGGCAGAGAGUAUUGGAAUUUCAGUCAGUGGAUCUGGUCUCUGGAUUCAGCACUAAAGCACUCAGCGGUAAAGAUGCUAUGUUUCAGUGGGGUCAUGGAGGACAAUUACAUUGAGGAAAGUGCUAGAACUAAGUGCUAGAAGGGAAAUGUAAGCUGGUGAAAUGAGCAGAGGGUUGAGAAGUAGGUAGCCCUGAGUUCUAAUCACAGCUGUACUACUGACUCACUAUGUGGCUUUGGGAAAGUCACCCCAGUCUUCCCCUACUAAUAGCCACCCAUUGGUGUGCCCCCUGCACCCUUGCAGCUAACACCUCAGGAACUUCUGCUUAAUGUGUGCUGCUUCAUGGCAUCUUGCUCCUGGGGGGCUGUUGGUCCGAUUCCUACACUGAAGAGCUAUCUUUUCUGAGAGAUCCAUCCAUACUGGACAGAUACAUUGAGAACAUACCUGGAAUAAGAGUAGAUUUAGAUCUAGCAAGUCAGAUAUCAAGGAUUGUUUAAUCUCCCUCCCAGGCACAUAAAAGUGUGCAGGGGGCACACCAAUGGGUGGCUAUUAGUAGGGGAAGACUGGGUGAAUGAAGGACAACUAGAAUAGCUGCCAUGAAAUAUACAAGAUACUUAGAGAAAGUUUUGUCAAUUUCAGCCUCUGCACUCUGCAGGACACAGACACCCACAAAACAAAAAGAGAUCUGAGCCCCAAUGUCCUAAGGACAUUUCAGGUGUUUAAUUCAAUAUAUAAAGAGGAUGGAAUGAAAACUACUAUUUCUUUCAAAGGAGGCACAAUAAUUUAACUGAAUAUCCAGUUUUCCCCUUCAGUCCCUUUGUGGUUUUGUCUACGGGGCUAUUUGCUUUCCCUGUGAAUCUUUAGUUGUUUUACCAAAAUUGCUUUGCCCAAAAUAAACCCUGAUCAUCAGAACACAUCUUCCCACCAUGUUCUCCAUGUUUUUUUUUUUUUUUUUUAAACAGUAACAUUUCAAAGAGGAUCUGCAAGCAGUUUGGACAUCACAACCAUGAUCCUCUGCUGGGGAGGAAAUGGUAGAUUUGAACUUGGAAAUGGUUCCUGAUUUUGAUUGUAUUUUUUGUGUAUUUGCCUCAUCCAGGGGGCAGAAAAGAACUGCCCAGGCUUUGGUACCCCCCCCCCCAACAACCUUGAGUGAAAUUAACAAGGAAGCCAGAAAUAGCACCUAAUUCUGCAGUUCAGACCAGGGGGUGAACAACUAAAUUUAAACUUGUUCUUAUGCAGGCAGCAGGCAUCCUGGGGAGGCUUCUCCCUCUGCCAGUCCCCCUGCUCCAAGCUAGAGGGGAGCCGCUGCAGCCCCUGCUGAGGGGGCAGGAGCCGAGCCCUCUCGGGCAGUCUGGCUGGAGGAGGAGGGAGGAAAGAAACCAAUGUGACAGUGAGUUUUCCCCUUCCACUGGCUUUUAUUAGCUCUGGAUUUAAGCUGUGCAGUAAAAUGCCUAUUGUAUUCUGCCCCUGCCUUGGUCUCACCUUCCCCCGGCCCCACCUCCAACAACUGUGAAUGAAAUUAACAAGGAAAUCAGAAAUAGUCCUGAAUGGUGGUUCAGCCCCUGGAGCGAACAGCUAAAUUUCAAUUGUUCUUAUGCAGGCAGCAGGCUACCUGGGGAGGCUUCUCCCUCAGCCAGUCCCCCUGCUCCAAGCUAGAGGGGAGCUGCUGCAGCCCCUGCUGAGUGCGGGGGUCCGGGGAACGGGGAGCCUAGCCCUGUGGGCAGCCUGGCUGGAGGAGGAGAGGGAAACAAACAAAUGGGACAGAGAGUUUUCAGGCUUAUUGCAAUAGUAAAGUUUUAUUCCAGACAGUACUGGUAGUAGACAUACACAUUGUAAGGAGAGUGAUCACUUUAGAUAAGCUAUUACCAACAGAAAAGUGGGUUUGUUUGGGGAGGGGUGUGGGGGGGGAGAAAACCUGGAUUUGUGCUGGAAAUGGCCUUGAUUAUCAUACACAUUGUAAGGAGAGUGAUCACUUUACGUAAGCUAUUACCAGCAGGAGAGUGGGGUUGGGGGAGAGAAAACCUUUUGUAGUGAUAAACACCCAUUUUUUCAUGAUUUGUGUGUAUAAAAACAAACAUCUUCUGUAUUUUCCACAGUAUGCAUCCGAUGAAGUGAGCUGUAGCUCAUGAAAGCUUAUGCUCAAAUAAAUUGGUUAGUCUCCAAGGUG